AUGGGGUGCGGGGUGAGCCUGGGCGGGGGUGGGGGCAUGUCCUCGGACGACGGGGACCUCGGGCCGGGCGAUCGGCGAGUCGCUCGGGGCGUCGGCGACUUCUUCGGGGAUUUCUUCGGGGAUUUCUUCGGGGACUUCUUCUGGGACGGCGAGGGCUCGGUCGUAUUCUUCUUCGGCGACUUCUCGUGCGCGGGCGUCGCCUUGUUUCUCGGGGACUUGUUGGCGGCGGGGGACUCGUCGGGCGCGGCGGCGGUGACGCUCGAGGCGCGUCUGGUCGAGCGCCCCGUCGUCAUGGCGACGACGUUCUCGGAGGUGAGCACCGCGCCCACAUCGGUCCUCCUGCGCUUCGCGGCCGCGGGCUUCUCGGCGGCGACGGGUGCCGCGGACGCGGCGCUCCUGCGGCGACUGGACGUCCGCGUACCCGCGGGGACCUCGGGUUCGUCCGACGGCGUCGAAGCCGUCUUCGCCACGGCCUGUCGUCACGAGGUGUGCGCGCGGUGA